GAGCUUUAUCAGUGGCAGUCUCCCCCUGUCGUCAUAACAGCAUAGUACGGCUCUGACACUACCUCCACUCAAUACCGAGAGAGAGGGGCACAAUAAACAGAAGACAUCUGUGUCUGACAUCGAGGCAGCGAAGACCGUAAUUUAAACCGCGCGUCUUCGCUCCCCAGCUAGAAACCCUCCUCACCCCAUGAACGGUGCCGGCGACACGGGGUUUAACGUCCUCUAAAGACGGUGACAGGGCGAGGAGGGAACGUUGCCUUCCGGGGGAUUCAGCGAAGCAGCAGCUGAAGCAGGGUUGAUUUGGUUUUGACCACUGGAGGACCCACCACUAACUAGCUGGAUCUGAGGGACUCCAGACAGAACAGAGACCACACACCUCCGACUACCUAACAUCAGAACCAAGAAGUCCACAAUCAGCAAACAACAGCAACAGCGCCAUGCAUACCUCCAUCGCCUUCCUCCUCCCCUUCUUCCUCCUCUCUCUCCUCGCCUCCUCUUCUUCUUCCCAGAGUGACUCUCCGGAACUCGUCGUCGCCACGCGGGCAGGACGUGUCCGCGGCGUCCGCCUACCGACGCCGGACCGGAGUCACGUGACCGCUUUCCUCGGAAUCCCAUUCGCGGAGCCCCCACUGGGCAAGAAGCGCUUCAGAAAGGCGGAGCCCAAGAAGCCAUGGUCGGACUUGUUCGAAGCUAGCUCCUACCCCAACGCCUGCUACCAGUUCGUUGACACCUCUUUCCCCGGGUUCCAGGGAAGCGAGAUGUGGAACCCCAACAGGGAGAUGAGCGAGGACUGCCUCUACCUCAAUAUCUGGGUCCCCACCUCCGCCAGACCUCACAACCUCACCGUGAUGGUAUGGAUCUACGGAGGAGGGUUCUACAGCGGAUCAUCGUCCCUGGACGUGUACGACGGGCGCUACUUGGCUCACUCGGAGAAGGUGGUGGUGGUUUCCAUGAACUACCGCAUCGGGGCCUUUGGGUUCCUGGCUCUCCACGGCUCCUCAGAGGCCCCUGGGAACGUGGGGCUCUUAGACCAACGCAUGGCCCUCCAGUGGGUCCAGGAUAACAUACACUUCUUCGGGGGCAACCCCAAACAGGUGACCAUCUUUGGGGAGAGUGCUGGAGCAGUCUCUGUUGGGAUGCACCUCCUGUCUCCCGACAGUCGACCCACCUUCACCCGAGCCAUCCUCCAGAGUGGAGCCCCCAACUGCCCCUGGGCCACUGUUACGCCAGCUGAAGCCCACCGUAGGGCCGUCAUGUUGGGGAAGCUCGUCGGGUGCCCCUCGGGGGGUAACGAUACGGAGCUGGUGGACUGUCUUCGCAACAAGCCCCCGCAGGAGCUCAUUGACCAGGAGUGGCAGGUCAUGCCGUGGUCUGCCAUCUUCCGUUUCUCCUUUGUGCCCGUCAUCGACGGCGUGGUCCUUCCAGACAACCCCGAGGCCAUGCUCAGCUCAGGCAACUUCAAGGACACCCAAAUCCUGCUGGGGGUCAACCAGGAUGAGGGGUCCUUCUUCCUCCUCUAUGGAGCCCCUGGCUUCAGCAAGGACAAUGAGUCACUGAUCUCGCGCGAGGACUUCCUGGAAAGCGUGAAACUGAGCGUUCCGCAUGCCAAUGAGAUCGGCCAGGAGGCUGUGGUUCUGCAGUAUACGGACUGGUUCGAUGAGAACAACGGGGUAAAGAACCGUGAUGCCCUGGACGAUGUGGUCGGAGACCAUAAUGUCAUCUGCCCCCUGCAGCACUUCGCCAGGAGCUAUGCCCAGUUUCACUCUAACCAGGGUGCCAACAAUGGGCAACCAGCGGGCAACGCAGGGGCCACGGCGAAGGAUGGGAACUCACAAGGUGGAGUGUACCUGUACCUGUUUGACCACCGUGCGUCUAACCUGGCGUGGCCUGAGUGGAUGGGCGUUAUCCAUGGUUACGAGAUAGAGUUUGUGUUCGGCAUGCCGCUUGAGAAGAGACUGAACUACACAGCCGAGGAGGAGAAACUGAGCCGACGCAUGAUGAGAUACUGGGCCAACUUCGCACGCACCGGUAACCCCAAUAUCAACUUUGAUGGCAGUGUGGAUAGCAGGCGGAAGUGGCCCCAGUUCACCAACAGUGAACAAAAACACGUGGGUCUGAACACGGAAUCCAUGAAGAUCCACAAGGGCCUGCGGAAUCAGCUGUGUGCAUUCUGGAACCGCUUCCUGCCACGCCUCCUCAACAUCACCGAUAACAUAGAUGAGGCGGAGCGUCAGUGGAAGGUGGAGUUCCAUCGCUGGUCCUCCUACAUGAUGCACUGGAAGAGCCAGUUCGACCAUUACAGCAAGCAGGAGCGCUGCACUGACCUCUGAGGAGAGAGAGAAAGAGAUGAUGAAGACCUUGUCCUUCCAUAGUUUCCUACAUUUCUUCAUGUGAUAUGAUUUGUUAAGGCUUUGCAGUUUAACUCAACGAAGGCCAAACAGUGGAUUCCUUUCCCCCACAAAAUCACAUUUAAUGUGUCACAAAUCAUACUUUCUGUGUGUUUUUUGUUUUUCCAUUGCAGAUGUUUGGCUGCCUAAAACACGUCCAUAAGCUGACAAUUUAUCAGCGUCAAAUUUAUUAUGGAAGGAGGUGGUCAUUGACAAAGGCUGUGAAACGGUGAACAUUUCAAAGGUGUGUCAUUACAGUACCUCUGAAGACUGUGUGUAUGUGUGUGUGCGUGUAUGCAUGCAUCCGUGGGCAUGUGUGUGUGUGUGUGUGUGUGUGUGUGUGUGUGUGUGUGCGCGGAAGUGUGGUACGACUAUAACCUCUGUGUUCCACAUCACUCUUAUUUUUUUUUUUUUUUUACUUCACUUUAUUAUUUUCCAGUUGAUACAAAUCUCGCUAUCUGCUUAUUUUUAAUGAUCUUUAUUUAAAACAGCUAUUAUGACCACUGUUCCACUGUCUAACCAUGUAUCCGUUCACUUGGCGUUCGUCUAUCUCUUAUAUCUGUCCCCCCGUUCUUCUAUCCUUCUUUCUUUCUCUCUGACUGUAUUAGGUGAUCUGUUGUUGUAUCUGUGUCGUGUCUUCUCCCGUGUCUCAAAUGACACCCUAUUCCCUAUAUGGUGCACUACUAAGCUCUGGUUGAAAGUAGUGCACUCCAUGUGGAAAAGAGGUGGGAUUCAGAAAUACAAUCUGUGUCUGUGUAGCGUCUUCUUUUGCAUCUCAAAUGUACACCCUAUUCCCUACAUAAUGCACGACUAAACUCUGGUCGAAAGUAGUACAUGGAAUAGGGUGUGAUUUGGGAUGUAGUCUGGGUGGGUCCAAACCUAAAACCUCUGAUCAAUUAUUAUAGGAAUCUGGAGCCAUGUAAAUCGCUGUGUGCUGGGUUAGAAAAUAACUACACUGAAAAAAAAACACAGUUAAGACUGUGUGUGUGUGUGUGUGUGUGUGUGUGUGUGUGUGUGUGUGUGUGUGUGUGUGUGUGUGUGUGUGUGUGUGUGUGUGUGUGUGUGUGUGUGUGUGUGUUACACUACAUGGAUAUAAACAGACAAGUGCAUACAAAGUUCAUACACACACACUGUCACUCUCUUACACACCAAAACACACACACACACACACACAGAGUGGAUUGAGAAACGUGCACGGAGGACCAGUACUCACAAGUUCAGCGUUCAACAAGAUAGACAUGUAGUCAUGUUAUAUGUCACACGUCUAUCUUGUUCAUCGCUGAACUUCAUCGCUGAACUCCGUGCACGUUUCUCAAUCCACUCUGUGUGUUUCGGUGUGUGUGUGUGUGUGUGUUUCGGUGUGUGCGAGAGCGAUAGUGUUUGUAUGCACUUGUCGGUAUAUAUCCACAUACCUCUGUCAAUCACCUAUAUGUAGCCGAGCACUUGUGAAUGUCAGUCACACCCACUGUUGUUUGUUCUAGCGUCAGAAUGCAGUAAAGUAUUAUAUUUUGUGGGCGUGAGGGUGUGUGUGCAUACUACUAAUAUUGUCUCCGUGCCAACGGGUCGAUGUGUCUCGCUCCCCUCCAUCUCUCUCUUUUGUCCUAUCCAUCUCUCUCCCGUCUCAACCCCCCCCUCUCCAUCUCUCCAUGUCCCCAGAGGACGAACGGUUCUCGUUAGUCUAAUGGAGACUGAAGUAAUUCACUCAGUGUGUGCCUGUUGGUGUGUGUGUGUGUGUGUGUGUGUGUGUGUGUGUGUGUGUGUGUGUGUGUGUGUGUUGUGUGUGUGUGUGUGUGUGUGUGUGUGUGUGUGUGUGUGUGUGUGUGUGUGUGUGUGUGUGUGUGUGUGUGUGUGUGUGUGUGUGUGUAAUUCAGUGCUCCAGUGAAACGACAGGAUGCUGCGUCAGCCAUUCGCUGGCUAUGAGACAGACAGGCCCUGGGCUGGGCUGUACUGCACUGCUGCAGUGGCUGGGGCUGAUGGAGAGAGGGAGGAGGGUGAGAGAGGGGCGAGAGAUGGAGAGCAUGGGUAGGAGAGAUGAGAGAUGGAGGGGAAUGAGAGAUGGAGCAAGGGUGAGUGGGAAAUGGAGAGAGAGAGGGUAAAGAUAAAAAGAGAGGGGAAGAUGGAGGGAAAAAGAAAACAGGGUUACGUACUCCACUCUUGUCUAUACUAAGGUUAUUUAUCAUUAAUGUGACAUAUACGUACUAUAUGUGUGGGUUUUUGUUACUCUUUUUCAGUAUUUUAUUUUGCAGUUGCAUUCUUCAGGUUUAAACCAACUACAGAUGUCAGAGUGUAAGAGACUGACUGUACGGAGUGUUUAACGAUCACUUCCGUAUCUGUUGAGAUUGUUCUGAGUUUGGCUGCUCUCGCCGGGACUUUGACAUGAUAAAUCCGUCCGUCUGUCUGUCUUUGUGUGUUCUCCGUAUGUGUGUCUAAUUGUCUGUCACUGUGAGUCUACCUUUUGUUUGUUUGUUUGUCCAUCUGUGUCCACCUCUGUCUCUCUGCUUGUGUUUGUCUACUUGUCUGUGUGUCCAUCCGCCCGUCUCUAUACAGUUUUUGCAUGAUGUCAUACUUUUGUGAUGUCAUAUGUGUAAUGUCAUAUUUAUUUGAACUUGCGUUUGUUGACAUUGUGGAAGGGAUCAGCCUUGUGAUUGGUCAGUGGGUCUUUCAUCGAAUCAUUAUGAGUGGUGUAUUCACCGGCAUGUACAACUCCUAUUUAACGACUGGAGUAGAGUAGUCUAGCUUUAAAAAAAUACAUAUAUAAAAUAAAAAAGUCAAAGACUAUCUGUAAUUAUUUAGAUACUGGCUGACUCCCAAAUGGCACCCUAUUCCCUACAUAGUGCGUUACUUUUGAUCAGGGCCCAAAGGGCUCUGGUCAAAAGUUGUGCACUAUAUAGGGAAUGGGUUGGCAUUUGGGACGCAUCCACUUUGUUUGACUGAACAGAAUGCAUGUGUGUAUGUAUGGACUGGCUGCGUGAGUGUUCCGAUGAUGGCUGAGUGACAGCUGCUCAAGCACCUCUUUUCCAAUAAGAGGGCCUGCUUACCCUUGCUCCCCCAAUGAUAUCCCUUCAUGCAUGUCCAGAGCAACAACCCCCCCUCUCUGUAUCCUACUCCAAAUUUAUGAGUUAUUUUCCGUAACAAUAUAAUACCCCUGAUGUCCUGAUAUGUAUUUGGAUUAUUAUUACAAUUAUUAUAGCUUUGAAAUUACAGUUGAUGUUAGCAAUAAUAUAACACAUUGAUAACUAAAUAUAUGACAUUUAUUGUAUGAUGAUGAUGAUUAUGACGAUGAUGAUGAAGAUUGACAAAGCAAUAUAAUAUAUAUAGAGUGCCAUAUUUUUAUUUGAAUUGUUAUAUUAUUUUUCCUUUUUCCUUUUUCAAUCCAACAGUGUUACUACAGUACUACUACAGUAUAUCGAGUAUAUACAGUAUUAUGGGUAUAUACAGCAUAGUAUCUACUGUAUAUAGUAUAUAUAUACAGUUUAUACUAGUAACACUACUGUACUAUUACAGUACUACUACUUCUGCAUCAUUUGUUACAGUCGCUAGUACUUUAAAUAAUACAUUAGAAUGGCCUUUGUAGAAGUAUGUAUUCAUGAAUGCCAGCUUGUUGUUUGUCAAAUUGCAACAAAAUAAAGACACCUUGCUUGCUUACCUCUAA